CACCACCACCACCCACGCCACCACGCGCCAUGUCCGACGCCCCGCCCGACUACUACGCCAUCCUCGGCGUCAGCGCCACUGCGUCGGGCGAGGAGAUCAAGUCGGCCUACAAGCGCGCCUCGCUCGCCUCGCACCCCGACCGCUUCCCGGCCGCGUCGCCCGCCGAGCGCGCGCGCUACACGGCGCGCUUCCAGAGCGUCGCCGACGCCUACUACGUGCUCAGCGACAAGGCGCGCCGCAGCGAGUACGACGCCGUGCGCGGCACGCGUGCCUGGGGCGGCGCCUUUCCCGGCAGCGCCGACUGGGAGAAGGCCGAGACGGAGCAGAGCAGCAGCGCCCGCUGGUUCGAGGGCUUCUUCCGCGGCGCGCCGGGCGGCAGCAGCGCGCCGGCGAGCGAGGCGGGCACGGGCCAGCCGCAGGCCGAGCACGUCUUUGGCAACGUCUUUGAGGAGCUGCUGCGUCCCGAGGUGCACCGCGUGGCGCCCGUGUGGAAGUGGGUCGGCUCGGCGUCCGGCGCCGGCCUCGGCUUCAUCCUCGGCAACGUGCCCGGCCUCCUCGGCGGCGCGCUGCUCGGCAACCGCCUCGGUGCAAUCCGCGAUGCCAAGGGCAGGAGCGUCGGCGAGGUCUUUGUCAACCUCAGCGCCGGCCAGCGCGCCGAGGUGCUCAAGGCGCUCGCCAUGAAGGUGCUCGGCAGCAUGGGCUAGUGCCGGCGCACCUCGCCGCUGUUCUGCGAUCUCUUCUGGCCCAGCGGGCCAUCUUCGUCGCGCGUCUCCAUCGCUCGGCCCCUCUGCGCAGCGCCGCGACACUCCGUUGCGACGCUCUGCAACUGCGGCGCUCCGAGCGCGCCACCUUCUCGCUCUCGGUGUCACGCGUCUCUCG